GCAACUCGGCCCAGAAAACUAUAACAAAAGCUGAUUUCGAUUCGACAUCAUUCUAACCAAAGUAUCGUCAGUGUCAACAUGAAGCUCAAUUUCUUCUCCGCCACAGCAUCGGCCUUGCUGGUCGUCUUAAUUAGUCAAUCGGCUUAUGCGUCCGAGAAACUGUCAGCGCAGGAUUACGCCUACAAUGCCACAUGUCUGAACCACCUCCGCAGUCACAUCAAACGUGAACUCCAAGCUUCUGUUACUUACCUGGCCAUGGGUGCCUGGGCCAAUCAUUACUCUGUUCAGCGCCCAGGUUUGGCCGAUUUCUUCUUCGAUAGCGCAUCGGAAGAGCGUGAACACGGUUUGAAACUGCUCGGCUACCUUCGUAUGCGAGGACAUAACGAACUUGACAUCUUACCUUCAUCUCUGGAACCCCUCAACGGCAAGUACGAAUGGGAAAAUUCGCUGUCUGCUCUGCGCCAAGCGUUGAAGAUGGAGAAGGACGUUACCGACUCCAUCAAGAAGAUAAUCGACUAUUGUGCCGAUGCUGAGGACCAUCAAUUGGCCGACUACUUGACUGGUGACUUCAUGGAAGAGCAACUCAAGGGACAGCGCAACAUCGCCGGACUGGCCAACACCCUCCAGGGCGUGCUCAGGAAACAACCGAGACUCGGAGACUGGAUCUUUGACAACAACCUGUCCAAAUCCAAAGCCGUUUAAAAAUGGUUCCAGUUUUUUUUUUUUUUAAACCCCACGGCGCGCUGCAUUGCGGUCGUCGUUUAUCCCCCUUAUUACACCCCUUCGUAGUCUUGUGUAAGAAUUAGCAACAAAAAACAAGUCAUGCCGGUGCGGAAACGCAACUGGAACAAAUACAAUUUUCCAUAUUUCUCCAACAA